AUGUGUCCCCUAGGACGUCCUAUGACGGAUAGCGCAACCCUAAUGACGAACUGGAGCAGCUACAUUGACCCUUUGUCCGCGGCCCAUGAUCCGGCAUUGAGGGUGCACAUGUGCGGGGCGAUGGGGCUCAUAAACCACCCUAUGUGGUCAUCAAAGUGCGCUCUUCUCGGGGACAGGCGACAAUGCGCUUCUCCGCUGCAUCACGAACUCCGUUUCCUCGGUCCCUCCGACUCGAGGAGAAUUUAUUGGCAUCACGAGGUACAAGGGGGUAGCUCGUGA